AUGGCAAUAAUUCGUGACGCGACAAACAAAGCGAGCAAACAUGAAGUUAGGCCAAUUGACCAACAUGAGUUUGAGGUGAUAGAUGGAGGUUUGGGAGGCCGUGUAAAUAUUCAUGCAAGAACAUGCACUUGUCGCAAGUUUGAUUAUUAUGAAAUCUCUUGUUCACACGCCAUUGCUGCAUGCAGGGUUCGGAAUAUUGAUUCUACCUCUUUUUGUUCAUGGGUAUACUCUAUUGAUGCAAUGCUGGCUGCGUAUGCUGAACCUAUACGACCACUUGGACACUUUUUGGAGUGGAAACAAUCAUUGGCCUUCGUCGAUGUUGAAACAUUGCCUCCAAAAAGAGUUCCAAGAGAUAGUAUCAGCAACAAUGGAAGUACAAGGAUCAUCUAA